AUGCACUGCGAACUUCUUCCUGAUUGCCUUAAUAAUAUCUUUGAAUUUUUAGAGGAUGAUAAAGGAACUUUAUAUUCAUGCUUAUUAGUUAAUCGACUAUGGUUUCUUGGUACUUUAAUCUCUUGUCUUCCUAACGAAUCAAGAGAUCUUUUAUACAAGAAUAAAAUUUUUAUUCCAACCCCAACCACAAAAACUCCGUUAUUUGAUUACGUAUCAUUUUGUAAAUUUAUUUCAAUUGAUGAAAUUAAUAUAAUGAUCGAAAAUUAUCAAGAAAUAUCUGACGACGGCGACGACGACGACGACGACAACGAUUAUGACAACGAUGAUGAUAGUGACAGCGAUAACGAUUGCAACGACAGAAACGACAGCAGCAAUAGCAGCAACAAUAACAACAACAACAAUAAUAACAAUAAUGACAACAUUAACAAUGACGAUAAGAAAGAUUUAAUUUUAAUAGCACAGGAAAUAAUUAAAAUGUUUAUGAAAAAAAUUCCUUCAUUAAAAAAAUUAAAUUAUUAUUUAAAUCCUAAUGAGAUAAAUUAUGAAAUACUUUUUAUUGAAUUUCCCGGAGCGAAAAAUUGUUUGAUGAAUCUUUCAGAAUUAAAUUGUAAUUCAGAUAUUCAAUCAGAAUUUUUUUAUCAAAUGUCAAAAUUUUGUCAUAAUAUUCAAUCAUUAACUAUAAAAUUUGGAGAAAAGGUUUCGAACGGAUUAAAUGAUUUAAUUAUAUCACAAAAGAAUUUAAAAAAUGUAUCAUUGAAACAAUCUCAUCAUGAUUGGACAGAUAUUAUACCUUCAUUAAUAAAACAUUCAAAUACUAUAACUAAAUUACUUUUAAAAGGGAAAAAUGAUCAUAAACCAUUAACAUUUAUUACAAAUUUCAUCAAUUUAAAAGAACUUAUCAUAACAUUUGAUUAUUUAAAUGCCACAUUAAAAGAUUUUAAGGAUGAAUUAAGAUAUUUUCAUUUUCAAAAAUUACAAAAUUUAAAAUUUAGUUUCGGAUGUCCAAGAUCUGAUAUAUUAAUUGAUUUUAUAAAAAUUAAUGGAAAAAAUUUAAAUUAUCUUUAUAUAAAUAGAGAUGAUAAUUUAUUAAAUAUAUCUAUACCAAAAUUAUGUCCAAAUCUCAAAUUUUUAUAUACUAUUUUUAUUGAUAAAAAAUCUUUAAUAGAUAUUUUAAAUGGUUGUCAACUUUUGGAGUGUAUACAAGUGAUGUGCGGUCGUUUACAUAUAAAAGAAAAAGAUAUGUUGGAAGCUAUUGUUAAAUAUUCACCAAAAUGUUUUCAUGAAUUAAGAUUAUAUAAUUAUGCAAAAUCUAAUAUAUUAUCUAAAGAUUUAGAUUCUUUCUUUAUUAAUUGGAGUAAUCGUAUUCCACAAAAAUCUAUUACUUUUAUAUGUUUAAAUGUUUUUGAUGAUUUAGAGAAAAGAAAUAUGAAAAUAAUUGAAAAAUAUAGAAAAUUAGUAGGAGUACUUAUCUUGCUUGGUAUUGUAACUGGAAUAUAUAUUUGUUGUUUUAAUAAACACAUAAAGGUAGUAGCGGUACCAUUAUUAGUGGUUGCCAUGUCAGGUGCCGCAAAAUCUUCUCUUACAUGGCAGGACCAUGAUAAAGAUCCUCAUACGUAUACUUUAUUGGAGGUUGGAGGAAAGUCAGAGACAACGAAGAAUGUGAAGAAUGCCCUAACAGUGGAACAAUUGAAUAAAUACAAACAUCCUUUGGGAAAUUGCGGAGAAUUGGUUCCUUGGGAGGCGAUGCUUGGAAAACGAUUGUCCCUCAGAAAACGUGUCGCUAUACUGAAGGAGAGUCAUCAAGUAUUGGAAGUCAAGCCUCCAGUAGCCACUGAGUACGAUGGAGGCGGUCUCCUAAAAAUAUUAUCUAAAGUAUGGUCAGUAAAACUGAGUAGUACAUCAUCAAUAUCAUGA